UUGUUAAGGAAGAAUAGGUUAGUCGUUGAUCCAUUUUCUUUGGUUAACUAAUAAGUUGUGCCGGCAUUGAUCGUUGAUUAGUUGUUACGGAAAAAUAGGUUGACAAGAAAGAAAAAAAAUAAAAAUGAGGAGCAUGAUUUCCCAACACUCGAAGUAUCUGUUUCAUCAUUUCCCGUCCAAAUUGAAGGACCUUCCCGCCGUUCAAACCCGUUGUUUUAGUUCCAUGACACCUCUCUUGGAUUUCUGCGACAAAAUAGAAUUUCUUCAACAAAUCCAUGCUAGAUACAUUGUUUAUGGUCACCGUCAAAACCAAACCCUCUGUUCAAAGCUUAUAAGCAGUUAUGCUAAUCUCGACCAUCUUCAUUUCUCUCAACAAGUAUUCAAUUCUGUCGACAACCCAAAUUCUCUUGUUUAUAAUACACUUCUCCAAAGUCUUUUAAAGUUUGGUAAAUACAAUGGAACCCAUCUUGAAACUGUAAGGAAAAUCCAUGGACAUGUUAUUAAAUUGGGUUAUGAUUUGGAUGUUAGUGCUUUGGAAGAAAUGUAUGGUUUAUAUGGUAAAGGUGGUGGUGCUAGUGAACUGUUUGAAGAAAUGCCUAUCAGGGAUUUAACUUAUUGGAACUUGCUGAUAUCUGAGUGUACACGAAAUGGUAAGCCUGAUGAAAGUUUUCGGCUUUUCAGAGAGAUGAGAAUGGAAGGAUUGGGACCUGAUUUCAGAACUAUAAUAAGCCUAUUGAAUUCCAGUGUUAUUUUGAACUCAAUUGAAGCUGGGAAAUUUGUUCAUCUUUUGAUUGUUUUGAGCAACUUAAGUAAUGAUUUAUCAGUGAGUACUGCUUUAUUGACGAUGUACACAAAACUAGGUAGCCUGGAAUCUGCAAAAGUGUUAUUUGAUCAAAUGCUAGACAAGGAUUGUGUUGUGUGGAACAUAAUGAUUUCGGCUUAUUGUACGAAUGGAUAUUCAAAGGAAGCGUUAGAACUGUUGAUGCAGAUGGGAAGUUCAGGUGUUAGAACCGAUUUAUGUACUGCAUUAGCUGUUAUAUCUUCAGCUACGGAGUUGAAAUCUCUUGGGCAGGGUAAAGAGGUACAUGCACAUGUGGUUCGUAAUGGUUCUGAUUAUCAAGUAUCAGUUCAUAAUUCACUGAUAGAGAUGUACUGCAAAUGUGGGGAUUUAAAAAGUGCACGAAACAUUUUUGAUUUUAUUCAUGACAAGACCGUGGUUUCAUGGAGUUCCAUGAUUAAGGGGUAUGCAAACAAUGGUCUAUCUUCUGAUGCCUUGUUUCUCUUUUCUAAAAUGAGAAUUGACGGAACUAGGUUUGAUACCGUGACAGUGAUGAAUGUUUUACCUGCUUGUGUGAAUCUGGGAGCUUUAGAAUAUGUCAAAUAUUUUCAUGGCUAUUCAAUAAAAUAUGGUUUAAUCUCAGAAGUCUCCAUGGUUACAGCACUUUUUGAUAGCUACGCAAAAUGUGGAUGUAUAGAAGUGGCCCAGAAGCUCUUUGAUGAAGAACUUGAUGCUAAGGAUGUAGUUUCAUGGAAUACUAUGAUCAAUGCUUAUUCGAAACAUGGAAACUCAGGUCAAUGUUUUGAGUUGUACGCCAAAAUGAAGGGUUUGAACUUGAGACCAGACAGGAUAACCUUUCUUGGGUUGUUGACAGCGUGUGUUAAUUUAGGAUUGGUGAAAGAAGGCUGGGAGUGUUUUGAGGAGAUGAGAAAAACUUACAAUUGUGAACCCAGUCUUGAACACUAUGCUUGUAUGGUGGAUCUUUUGGGGCGCACUGGGAAUACGGAAGAAGCUGUAAAACUUUUAAAGUCGAUGCCUUUUGAGCCAGAUGCACGAAUCUGGGGGUCAAUAUUGACAGCAAGUAAGACAAAAUCAGACACUAAGCUUGCCGAGUUUGCAACAGGGGAGCUCAUAAAGAUGGAGCCGGGAAAUGCUGCAAACUACAUUUUGCUUUCCAACAUAUAUGCUUCUGCAGGAAAAUGGGAUAAGGUUGCUAAUAUGAGGGUUGUUCUUAGAAAUAAAGGUCUGAAAAAGACGCCAGGCACUAGCUGGUUAGAGAUCAGUGGCAGUGUACAUGAGUUUCGUGUUGCUGAUCGUUCUCAUCCAAAGUCGCGGGAUAUUUAUGCCAUUUUAGGAAAUCUAGAAAUGGAAAUCAAGAAUAAUACAUCCAAGAGUCCGCAACUAUUAUCCUGAGUUCCAGCUUAGCGUUCAGUAUGUUCCACAGAACUCCGGCAACAACAGUAUGGCUCUGGAUAGUAAUUCCCUUGAAACCAAGUGGU